AGUAAUAAUUUAUCGCAGGUAUCGUUCAACGGCAGUUCUGAGACCCGAGAAAUGGUACAACUCUCUGGUGGGCAGAAGUCUCUUGUCGCACUGGCGCUGAUUUUUGCCAUCCAAAAAUGUGAUCCAGCGCCGUUUUACCUUUUCGAUGAAAUCGACGCAGCUCUUGAUGCACAGCAUAGGAAAGCAGUUGCAGAUAUGAUCCAUGAGCUUGCGGAGAACGCACAGUUCAUCACUACCACUUUUCGUCCAGAAUUACUUGAAUCAGCAGAGAAGUAUUAUGGUGUCAAGUUUCGUAAUAAGGUAAGACCAUUGUUUCCCAUAUUGAUGUGGUUACUAAAGAACAAGCCUAUGACUUUGUGGAAGAUGACACCACACAUGGGUAAGAACGACGGUGUCUACGUGGCGACGGAUGAUAUUGUACAUUAUUAA